CCUAAGCUGGGAAAAUUAUUUCUUACAAUAGCUUUAUUUUUUAGAUGUUAUUUUAUUUUAUUUAACUAAAAAUUUCAAAAGUUCUCAAAAUGGUGGGCUAAUAGGUUUGAGCACUGCACCAGCAUUGUUCGGGUACAGAAUCCAAAACUACGAACAUAAGAACCCAGGAAGAUAUAAAGCUCCCAAUGUUGGAAUUCUCAUUGGCUAGCAAGUAAUUUGGGAAAUGGACAGCCACACUGAAAUUCUGGGAGAAUUGCUCAAUGUUGAAGCACAACUUCAAGAUGUUCAAGAUCAAAUAAAGAUACUGCUUGAUCAACAAGAUAAGUUGUAUGCUCGACAAUCUGAACUGAAGGCACUUCUUGAAGAUUGUGAGGCAUCAAGUAGCCAGGAGAAUGAUGGUGCCUCAACUGCUCUAGAGAAUUGGUCUGGAUCCUUUGAGUGGGAUUCUAAGGCUGAUGAUCUCAGACUCAAUAUUUUUGGCAUUUCUUCAUAUCGUGCUAAUCAACGAGAGAUAGUAAAUGCCAUACUGAGUGGUAGAGAUUCGUUGGUGAUUAUGGCAGCUGGAGGCGGAAAAAGUCUUUGUUAUCAGCUUCCAGCUGUAAUUCGUGAUGGGAUUUGUCUUGUAGUCAGUCCUCUGCUUUCUUUAAUUCAAGAUCAGGUGAUGAGUCUAACUGCUUUAGGAAUUCCUGCGUACAUGUUGACAUCAACCACUAGCAAGGAUAUUGAGAAGUUUAUAUACAAGGCUCUUGAAAAGAAUGAGGGCGACCUGAAGAUAUUGUACGUCACUCCAGAGAAGAUAUCAAAGAGUAAAAGAUUCAUGUCAAAGCUGGAAAAGUGCAACCAUUCUGGCCGUCUUUCGCUCAUUGCAAUAGAUGAGGCGCACUGCUGCAGUCAGUGGGGUCAUGAUUUUCGCCCUGACUACAAGAACCUUGGUAUUUUGAAGACUCAGUUCCCAUCAGUUCCCGUUAUUGCGUUGACGGCAACUGCUACAAAGAAAGUCCAACUUGAUCUGAUGGAGAUGUUGCACAUACAAAAAUGUGUAAAAUUUGUUAGUAGUGUGAAUAGGCCAAAUUUGUUUUAUAUGGUGAGGGAGAAGUCAUCAGUUGGAAAGGUGGUAGUUGACGAAAUUGCUGAAUUUAUUAGAAGAUCGUAUCCAAAUAAUGAAUCUGGAAUAGUAUACUGCUUCUCUAGGAAAGAAUGUGAGCAGGUUGCGAAGGAACUACGCGAAAGGGGAAUAAAAGCUGAUUAUUAUCAUGCUGAUAUGGAAGUAAGAGAUCGUGAGAAUGUUCAUUUGCGGUGGAGCAAUGGCAAGUUACAGGUCAUUGUUGGCACAGUUGCAUUUGGAAUGGGAAUUAAUAAACCUGAUGUCAGGUUUGUCAUACAUCACAGUCUGAGCAAAUCUAUGGAGACAUAUUACCAGGAAAGUGGACGUGCUGGACGUGAUGGACUUCCAGCAGAAUGCCUUCUAUAUUUUAGACCUGCUGAUAUGCCUAGGCAGAGUUCAAUGGUCUUCUAUGAGAACUCUGGUCUGCAGAACCUCUAUGACAUAGUACGGUAUUGUCAGUCAAGGACUGGAUGCAGACGAGCUGCAUUUUUCAAACAUUUCGCUGAGCCACUGCAAGAUUGCAAUGGGAUGUGUGACAAUUGUGUUGAUUCUGUUGAGGUCCAAGGCAUUGAUGUCUCCUGUCAUGCAAAAGCUAUGAUUUCUUUUAUCGAAAACAUACAAAAAAACGAUCAAAAAAUCACAAUGUUGCAAUUGGUUGACAAGUUGAAGAUUAAAGACCUAGAUCCGGACUUGAAAAAAGAUCACAUGGAGCAACUUGUCAUCCAACUUAUUGUGGAUCGUGUUUUGAAAGAAGAAUUUCAACACACAGCUUAUUCAACAAAUGCAUAUGUUGCAUUGGGUCCAUUGGCAAAGCAAGUCUUGCAUGGAAAGAAGACAGUGAAGCUUCAGAUCUGUAGCGGGAAGGAAAAUAAAACUAGGGACAUGAAGUCUAUCAAGCGUAAAUCUGCAGCAUCCACAUUGGAAUUCAGGCUUGAUGAGUUGCGCAAGGAGCUUGCUUCGUCACAUGGAGGGAUAUUUCCUCACUCGAUAUUAUCUGCGCAGCAGAUAAGCAUGCUAGCUGCUGAGAAACCCGAUUCUCUUGAACAGUUAGAGAAAAUAUUAGGGAAGGUGAAGAGUGGUAAGUAUGGAAGUAGGAUUCUCGAAGAGAUAGCCAAUACUUCUGAGUCGGGAAAGCCUGAUGCCAAACUCAAUGGCGAAGAAGACCAUAACGUUCCAAAAAAAGCGAAGACCAAAACGACUUCUGUUCUUAUAGAUAGCAGCGAAGAUGACGAAUAAGAUGUAGGAGACAACAACUAUAGCACUCAAAUUCAGUAAUACUAUACUGCUCAAGUAUAGCAUUGGCCAUUGGUUAAGAAAAUAGGUCUAUUUUUCUUUUUCUGGUUGGUUCUUUUUGUGAUAUCAAGUUAAAAUUUUCAUGUAGUAGUAUUUAACAUGUAAGUUGUAAUCUCUUUUAUGUACACUUACAUGAAAUAGACAAACUUUUCUAUGAAAUGACAGUAGACCCAUUUGAAA